GUGGUCUAGUGGUUGGAAAGACUUGAGUUCUCCUUAGAGACUCAAGUUCAAUCCCCACUAGUGUCAUAUUUGGUGGAUAAAGACAAUAAAAGCUAGUUCUUCCAGACCAUAGGUCAAGAGUUCGAGCCCGAGCCACCUCAGGUUUUAGUCCACCGUGCGUUACGCCAAAUAGAUUAUCUUUUGUGGCGGCGCAAGCCCCUGCCACUUGUAGUGGAUGGUAUGGUUUCCCGGGAAACGCCGUUAGCCAAACUCUUACGAAAGCGUGGACCCGGUUAAGACAACAUAAUAGUCUCGCCAGAUUUUUAAUUGUUGAAUGAAUAAUGUUCCCGCGAAAAUUAACAAGAAACCAACUUUCGAAGAAUACCAAACCCUCAUCUCUACAUCUUGUUUCCUCUCAUUUCUUUCACUUAAAAAUGGCGAUUGCCAAAUUUCAGACACAAAACCCAUCUUCUUUCUUCACCAUUAAACUUCCCCUCACCCCAAAUUCGUUCCCAAGUAAAGCAUAUCAUCCUUCACCAACACAUCACUUUUCAAUCCUCAUAAAACCCGCUAUCCAAUCCUUCAAUCCACCCACAAUUCAAUCUUCAAAACCCUCAAUAACCCAUCUUCUAAUCUAACGUAAUUGUCACGUAAUCUGUCUACAAUGUCGUCCGCACACCACAUGUUUGAUGAAAUGCCGAAGCCAAAUUCGACUCCAACACCGAUGCCGCCGGUGGAUCUUUCGAAGUACUCCAAAAGGGUGCUGUUAAAAACGGUUCUGGAUCGUGCAGAUGGCGGUGUGGGGUUGGUUGAUCAGAGAGUUGUGGUGGGCGGAUGGGUUAAGUCGUCGAGAGAAAUGAGGAAAGAUCCUCUGCCUGCAACUCAACCGCCUGCUGCCGGUGAUGCUAAACCGGUUACCGGAGGUAAAGACGUGAGAUGCGUUGAAGUUUUUCAGUCGCGGAUUCCUUUUCUUCGAACCAUUAUAAAAGUAUUCGGUGGGAACACUGCUCACAGUCACAACAAGGAGAAACUCGAAUCAAUCGGGCCGAAACCAGCACAUCCUGCGAUUUCAAUCUUGCAAAUUAGUGACGGUUCGUCUACAAUCAGCCUGCAGGUGAUGGUGGAUUCUUCAAUAGCUCCUCCGAGCCAGCUCAUGCCUACGGGAACAUGUAUACUAGCGGAAGGUGUUUUGCAGAAGCCGUCGUUGCAGGGAAAACAUGUGAUCGAGCUCAAAGCUGAAAGAUUGUUGCAUAUCGGGAUAGUUGAUCAAGAGAGUUAUCCUUUAUCGAAGAAAGGUUUACCUUUGGCUAGAUUGAGAGAUUGUGCUCACUUUAGACCUCGAACAACCACCGUUGCAUCUGUUAUGAAGGUACGAAACGGGCUAAAUCAAGCCAGUCAUACUUUUUUCCAGAAUCACGGGUUUAUUCAUGUGGAGGUUCCGAUUAUAACCGCCACCAAUACCGAAGGAUUUUCGGACGUUUUCCAAGUUUCAACUUCAAAACAUUCCACUAAAGAACCGAAAAAAGAACCGCCUGUUUCAAUGGACGAUACCGAAAACAUUAGUCUCGAAACAAUAAAGCGUUCGAUUGUUGAAAAAGCCAAAAAAGUUGAAGAACUUAAAAGAAGCGAUAGCAAUAAAGAAGCACUCGAUGCAGCCGUUCAAGACCUUCAUAAAACAAACUUAUUGGCUGCUGAACUAGAAGCAAGAUUGAGGUCAAAGUCAAAGUCAAAAUCGAAGUCAAAGACUGAAAAUAUCAAGAUGGAUGAUGGGUUCUUUUCUAAUCAGGCUUUUCUUACUAGUUCUGGUAGUCUUCAUCUCGAAAGCUGCGCGUCGGCACUUGGAAAUGUGUAUGCGUUUGGGCCGAGAUUUCAAGCAGAUAAAUCAGAAUCGAAAAAACAUUUAGCGGAAAAAUGGAUGGUUGAAACCGAGAUGGCAUUCUCGGAACUUGAGGAUGCGAUGAAUUGCGCAGAAGAUUUCUUGAAGUUUGUAUCGAAUUCGAUUUCUGAAAAUUGUUACGAAAAUCUGUAUUUUCUUUCGAAAAGAGUUGACAGAACAAUUAUCGAUCGGUUAAAUUCAUUGGCAUCAACAAUAUUUGAAAAGAUCACGUAUACAACGGCAGUAGAAGUUUUGAACAAGGUUACCGAUAGAACUUUUGAAACCAAAAUCCAAUGGGGCGUUGCGCUAACAGAAGAGCACGAAAGUUAUCUGGUUGAUGAGUUCUACAACAAGCCCAUAAUUAUUUAUGAUCUUCCUAAAGAAUUAAAACCCUUCAAUGUGAGAUUAAAUGACGAUGGGAAGACCGUUGCAGCCUUCGAUGUGAUUAUACCAAAGGUUGGAGCUCUCAUAAGGGGCAGCCAAAAGGAAGAACGCCUAAGCCAUUUAACUAAAAGGAUUAAUGAAUUAGGAUUGAGGAAAGAUCAAUACGAAUGGUAUCUAGAUCUUCGAAAGCAAGGAACAGUGAAACAUUCCGGGUUCAAUGUUAUGUUUGAUGUUAUGGUUCUUUUCUCUACUGGCCUUAAUGAUGUUCGAGAUGCUGUUCCGUUCCCCCGACAUCAUGGAAGAGUACAUAAUUAAUCAAGUUUAUUGCUUAAAAUCAUAUAAAAAUUGUUUAGCACAAAGUGAUGUUUAAGAUAUUUCAUACUUCAUGUUUAUAACAUGUAUACAUGUAAAAAGUUCAAAAGUGAAUAAAUUUAAUGGUAUAAUUUGUGACU